UCCACAUCAAUUGUGACAAAAGAUGAAUACGCUCGCGUGACUAGAGUCCACAUCAAACACGACUAGAUCAUGAAUGGGUCUUCAUAUUCAUCGUAACUUGAUUUUGACAAAUAACAUCAUCAAGUUCAUAUUAAUUUUUAGCCAAGUUCAUAUUUAUAUGCCUACUAAUCUUAGGGAUGAUCUUCCGGCUCUAGCAACUCUUCUUUCUUCCUCUUUUCCAGCCAACACUAGAAACCCUACUUACGGCCUCCGCGCCCCCCUCUCCUCCGCGCGCCGCCGCCGUUAAGGCUAGGGAGAGGACCACAGGCCUUCCUCCACCGGCCGUCAAUCACCGUCGACACCGCUAUCCCUCUUCUUACUUCUUCUUCCAAUUCCAGCGUCUCUCUCUCUCCGUGCACAGCAGCAAGCAUCGCCGCUGGUUGUUGCCGGAGUUAAGGGAGGCCGCUGCCGGCGACUAGCCAAGAGGACUUUCCUCCCUCCCUCUUUUUUACUUUUCCCUGUGUCCAUAGCCAUCAGUCGGCUCUCCUUCCCUUUUCCAGGCGCCGUCCACAACUCUUAUCCUUCUUCUCUGGCGUCUUUUGCCCGAACCAAGGAGGAUCGUUGUUCCUCCUCAUUUUUUUUAGCCUUUUGGUAUCCUUAUCGAACGAGGUUUUUAUCGUACGCUGUCCAAUUAAAGGCUCAUUCACCUAUCGUGUUCCAUCCGGGAAAAAUUGUAAAGAAAUCUUGACAUGGAAGCAGCCAAUUUUCUAUGGUUCUCUUUGAAAAAAUCAAUCACGGGAAUUAUGUUUGGACUAACUAUUUCUGAUAAAUUUUUUACUGUCUAUUCUGUGACGGGUAGUUCUAUGCAUCCUACAUUUACAACGAGCAAUGGUAGCUUUCCUGCAUUCUUGAAAGGUGACAUUGUGUUGGUUGAAAGGUUCUGGGAUGAUAAACUUUCACAUGGAGAUGUAAUUACCUUCAAGUCUCCAACUGAUCACAAGAAGGAAUUUGUUAAAAGAUUAAUUGCAUUGCCUGGUGAUUGGAUGCAAUGUCCAAACUCUCAUGAUAUAGUGAAGAUACCAGAGGGUCAUUGUUGGGUUGAGGGCGAUAAUAGAAGUUCUAGUUUGGACUCGAGACAUUUUGGCCCUAUUCCUUUAGGUUUGGUUCGAGGGAGAGUGACCCACAUAAUUUGGCCGCUGAAAAGAAUAAGUAAAGUGGAGAGAAAGGCUGUGAUGAACAGAGUCUAUAGAACUUGAUUUAUUUUAUCAUUGAGUUAGUUUUCCUACAUGUUGUACUCUGGACCUCCAAUUUUCAGGUGAUAUAUGGUCAGUAUUGAGACCUAUUAAGACUCUUUGAAUAUGGUGGACUGCCACCUCAAGCCAAUUACUUAUUCUUAGGGGAUUAUGUGGACCGACAAAAACAAAGCCUUGAAACCAUAUGCCUUCUUUUAGCCUACAAGAUUUAAGUACCCAGAAAAUUUCUUUCUUUUGAGGGGCAAUCAUGAAUGUGCAUCAAUAAAUAGGAUAUAUGGGUUCUACGAUGAAUGCAAACGCAGGUUCAACGUGAGACUCUGGAAGGUUUUCACUGAUUGUUUUAAUUGCCUACCUGUGGCCGCUCUUAUUGAUGAAAAAAAUCCUAUGCAUGCAUGGAGGUCUUUCUCCAGAUUUGCAUAAUUUGGACCAAAUUCAGAAUCUGGCGCACCCUACUGAUGUGCCAGACAGUGGAUUUCUUUGUGAUCUUUUGUGGUCAGAUCCCAGUAAAGAGGUCUAAGGGUGGGGAAUGAACAAUAGAGGAGUUUCUUAUACCUUUGGCUCCAAUAUAGUGAUAGAUUUUCUUCAGAAACAUGAUCUGGACCUUAUUUGUCGUGCUCACCAGGUGGUGGAGGAUGGAUAUGAGCUCUUUGCUGAUAGGCAGCUUGUAACAAUCUUUUCAACUCCAAACUACUGUGGUGAAUUUGACAAUUCUGGUGCUAUAAUGAGUGUGGAUGAAACUUUGAUGUGUUCAUUCCAAAUUCUGAAGCCUGCAGCUUUGGAAAAGAAAAAGUUCCGCUUUGCUACCGCAUCUAGAAUUGGAACCCCUUGGUAAAGUUGUUGCAGACAGAAAGGAAUUCAUUCAGUGGGAUUAAGGUACACUAAAAAGUAAAAACCCAUGCAGGUAGGCACAUGUCUUUCCACUCUAUCCAAAUCAAUUCAAUAAGAAAAACCAUGCCCAAAAUCUCGUUAAGUUUGUAAUAUAUGGUUGAAUUUGAUAUGAUGGAUUGGAGAAUGUUUCUUUUCUUUUAUUAAGACUUGAGCAAAAACAUCUAGUAGUCAGUUAUGGAUGAAAUUAUUGUUUAAGAACUGUUGAGAGUUAAGUUUUCACUUUUUUUUUUUAAGUAAUCUGUAAUUUCUUUUGUAGAAACUUAUAGACUUCCAUAACUGUCUUAUCUGCUAGUGAAGAGUGGUUUGUUUCACAUAGUGUAUAAAUUGGUACAAUCAGUUUAUAUCCUUUUAAGUUGUAUUUAGAUAGGUCAUGAGAAUUAUGUGUUGGCUUGUUAUUAUUAUUUGAAUUUGGAGAAUCUAGUAACUUUAUAGUUCGUCAUCCGAAGAUUUGCUCGUCUCUUUUGUUUCUUUGGGACUUGAUGCAUUCACCUUAGCAAAGUCAUCGGGCUUAUGGUGCUUUGUUGUACUGUUAAAAGAGAGCUCUUGACUUUAAUGACUAUUAUUGUACUUUCUUACAUACAUGG